UUUGCCGUUAUAGUUAAGUUACGCUUCUCUGGUUGCUAAAUUGGGAAACGGGUUGUUACAUUCAACGUACGAUAGACAGAAUACACAGUAAAAAAUACAAAUUUGUACUGUACAGCUGAAUAUUAACGGCAAACAGGAAGUUAACUUUAGUUUUCUGGGUAACAUUUUGUUAACCGACCCUAACUGACGAGGUAGGUAACACUGUUUAGUGUUAUCAGUUUAUCAUUCAUAAAGUAAAUUUAAGCAGUGUUUCGCAUAUUCACGCAGGUAGUAACAUGGACUCUGAGUAUAUAAAGAGACAUCUGGGGAAGUGUCUGGCAGACGGACUCGCUGAGGUGGCCGAGCAGCGUCCUGUGAACCCCAUCCUGUAUCUCGCCCACUGGCUCUACAAGUACAACUCAAACGUUAAGUACGAGACAGAGAAAAAGGCCAAUUUGGCGCUCUUGCAGCAGGAGCAGGCGAAAGCCAGAGAAGAGGCGUCGCACCAGGAGAAGCUGAGAGAGGAGGAGCGAAAGAUCAGUGAGGCCUUGGAAGAGUCUAAAAAACAGAUCUCUGAGAAGGAUGCUGCACCCGUGUCAGCCACACCAGGGGCUGCUGACGACAACAAACCAGAGACAGAGGAGAAACCAAACACCCCUGAUAAAGAAAAGCAGCAGGACACAGACGAACACCAAACUGAAGCUCAGGAAAGUGUCGCUGAACCGGAGGUGAAGGUCACAGAGAAUGUAACCAGUCCAGAGUCCACCGAGAGAAAACCUUUGGAGGCCAGCACCUCUUCUGUCUCCAAGGUCGUCAGCACUGAGGUCAAGGAGGAGACUACAGAUAGGCCUGUUGGAAAAGACGAAGUGGAGCUGAGGACCGAUCAAAAAGAAGAGAAAACGGAGGCUGAGCUGAGGGGCGAUCAAGAAGAGAAAACGGAGGCUGAGUUGAGGACCGAUCAAGAAGUGGAGAAAACAGAGGCUGAGCCGAGGACGGAUCAAGAAUUGGAGAAAACAGAGGCUGAGCCGAGGACGGAUCAAGAGGUGGAGAAAACAGAGGCUGAGCCGAGGACGGAUCAAGAAGUGGAGAAAACAGAGGCUGAGCCGAGGAUCAAUCAAGACGUAGAGAAAACAGAGGCUGAGUCAAGGAGCAAUCAAGACAUGGGGAAAACAGAGGCUGAGUUGAGGACCGAUCAGGAAGAAAACAAAAUGGAGGCUGAGCAGACAAGCAAUCAAGUAGAAGAGAAAACAGAGAUGGAGCCCAGUGAUAAUCAUGUAGAAGAGAAAAUGGCAAACACAAAUCAAAUAGAAGAGAAAGACGCUGACCAAGAUGAGAAGGUGGUUGAUGAGGCUGACACAGCUGAGACUGAGCAGACUGAACCGUUCCACUCGACUCCCAGUCAAGAUCCUGACAACUUACAGACAGACAAAACUGAAGAGCAACAAGACAAACAAAGCCCUCGUUCCCCUGAUCUUCAAGACACAGAGAAGGUUGAUGAAGAUGAAACUGGUAAGUUGGAGUCGGCACCACAGGGUAAAGGUCUGAAACCAGAGGAGACAUUUUCUACUGAAGAAACUGAGCAGGAGCCACAGAAGUCUGGUUCUCCGCCUCUUCAGAACCAGGACAAGGAGGCAGACGGGCAACGCACAAAUGAGACCACUGAUGGCUCGGCUCCAGCUGACAGUGACGUAACAGCAGAGGGGACAGUGUCGAGUGAGAUGCUCGUGACUUUACAAGAGGAGCCUGAAAACUCUCCUGACACGGAGGACGUCCAGGACAAGGCAGAGCUUGAGGAAGAGGAAGGAGAAGGCCACACAUGAUAAUUUCAUAUCUUCAUGUUGUUUGAUGUGCAAAUACUAAUAUGCAAAAAUAAACAUUUAAUAAAUCGC